ACUUUUGUAUACGACAGAUUUUCGAUUUCAUUCUGCGAGAUUGCUGCAUCGCUGGACACAAGCCUCUGUACAUGUAAGGUGUCGCAUCACCCGCUAGUCCCCCAUCAGAUACUUGCAACAAUGGAACUCGACUACGUCUCGCCGCAGGACCUACUAAAAUUCGGCGACAGCCGUCUACCCCACCUCCCCACUACCGACCGCCUCGACCCCACCCGCCAGUCCGAGCUCCACCAACGCCACUCCACCUGCUUCAAACCCGCCCCCUACGUCCUCUCCCCUGGCGAAACCGGCCCAACACCCAUCAUCGUCUGCUCGCGCGGGCCGGCACGCAGUCUGCAGAAUUUUUACAGCACGCGGUAUUCGACGACAUUUAAUACGGCGCAUUGGAAGAGUGGGAAUGGACAAGGGAAGGGAAAGGGCGAAGUUGGAUGGGGCGGCGCGGUGAAGCUGACGACGCCUAGUGGGAUGAGGAAGGAUAGUUCGGGGUAUAGUCGGAAUGUGGUGCCGUAUGUGGAGUAUGAUAAGAGGGUGGAUGAAGGGCCGGGGUUCAACAUUCCCAACCCAUUUGAGACGUCACAGAAGACACAGUUCCAACCCCCGCAAGAGACCGACGCUCUCCUCAACGUGCCCAUCAGCCAUUUCACGGAAUCAGGGUUUACGCACAUGCCGCCAAAGUUCAGCGUCAUUUCUGAUAAAGAGCGCCACUGGAAAACCGACCCAUCGAUCAUGAAAACCAGCUACGACGCGCGCCGGCUACACCUGAAAGACUCUACCUUCGACAAAUCCCAUGUCCUCCAUUCAGAGAGCGGGUAUACGAACGAUGUGGGGCAUGUGAAGGGGUUCGGUAACGACGUCGAUGAUCGGUUCACGACCCCCCUCUCCAGCCAAACCCCCGCCCCCACCUCCCGUCCCUGGUACACCUACAAGACGGCGCGAAUGGACGAAGACGGGUACACGCGCUCCCACCACGGCAACAUCCUCCGCGACGCCGACGCACCCCGCGGCGCACGGGCGCUGCCGUCGCAGGAGGAAUUGGACCGCACGCUGGGACGGAGGUCGGCGGAGUGGGCAGGGAUGGUGGAUCCGGGGUGUGGGAGGAGUACUUACCAACUGCACCAUAACCGCAAAUCAGUCCUCAACCCCACCCUCGCCACCCUCCUCCACCACCCCGACCUCGCCCUCUCUUCCAAAGAACCGCAGGGCAGCGUGCGCAACAAUCCGACACAUAUCUUCCCUGACGUCGCGGAUUCGGUGGGGAGGUUCAAGACUGAGACGGGGGAUCAGUUCGCGGCACCAAGGGAACGGCGGGAUUUGGGCAGUUUGGAAGGUGUGGAGCCGCAGUUGUCCGGGUUUACGAGGGGGAAUAAAUACAUAUAUGUGCAGACGGCGCAAUCACCCAUGGCACACCUAAACCCGACGCAGGCGUGUGCACGUCGACAGGCGAAUAAGGGGGCGUGUGCGCUGAAGCCGACUGAGAUGGUGCCGCGGGUUGGGUACCAGAAGACGGCGACUGUUGGGGUUUGUCAUUGUUGAGAGAGUGAGCGGGGUAUUGGUGGGUUGGGAGUCGGAUUUGGGAUGGGCAGGUUUCAGGAGAUUGGUGUGACAACAGGCAUCCGGGACUUCCCUUCUAGCAACCUGCUGGUGUCCGCGCACGAAAUAAUACUGUAUUACCGUAAUAACCACACACAUACAGUACAUGGCUACACAUUGUUCCGUGGAGCUAGGAUUGCCCGAUCUGUCCAGUUCUGGGCACAUUCCCGGGAUUCCACAUCACCGUAGAUAUACUGUAGCAGCCCUGUGAGGGUUCUCUCCAAAACGUAAAGGUUACGACGUUGAAAUCCUUACCAAAAGGGUUAAG